AUGGAGUGUCGGCGAAAGUCGGGCCGAACUGUUGUCAUAACUCAGGGAAAGGACGCCGUUUUAGUGGCAAAGACUGACUCUCCAGAUGUCAUUGAAUUUCCCGUUAAAGUAGUCGAUGAAAGCCUGAUUGUGGACACCAUUGGAGCGGGCGAUGCAUUUGUGGGCGGAUUCUUCGCACAGUUAGUCCGGAACCGGCCGUUGGAGGUGUGCGUCGAGAGUGGGAUAUACGCCGCACAGGAAGUGAUUCAACAAAUCGGCGCUCAUUUCCCGAAAGACAUGACUUUUGAUAAGACUAGUUAUCCGAGAACUGGAAACAUGAAAAACAUCGAUAAACAAAGCGAACCAAAAAAUAAUUUCUCUUUUUAUCCAUUGAUUCCCUAUAAGUGUCACAUUGGGGAUAAUGCGGAUGAUGUCAAUGAUGUUCGGAUUGCGGUUAAAGGAUCUAACAGCUCCUCCUCAUUGCGCUUCUCCAUGAGCUGUAUGAGCUGUACUCUCUGUACUCCCUGUGCUCUUAGUGUUCACUCUAUGGUCUACUGUAUGGUCUACUGUAUGGCCUACCGCUUGCAACUCAAGUGUAUUGAAGGGAUGGCUGAACAACUGUAUGAACACAAUAGAGGCCAACAUUUGGAAAACAAUGUGCGCUCGUAUGCGACCAAAGUAUCGGUGAGUAGUCUAAGAGUUAACGAGUGUUUUGUCAAACAGUUGUGCCGAUUGGCAAACUUAUGCUCUAAGGGCUCAGCGAUGUGUUGGCACAGGGAGUCUGGGCUGUGCGUUAGGGCUGUCAAUAUGGGUGAGCAGAGGGUUUUUGCUAUCAUAGUCGCGAAUAUGUUGCGCUCGACUUCACUGCUCGCUGUGUUGUGCUGCCUGUCCUCCCAGUCCUCCCGUUCCGCUCACUCUCUUGUGAUGCAUAAUAUCAGGAUUGAAUGGAAAGCCUAUUGUAAUCAGACUUUCAAGACAAUGACAGAGGGAAGUGAAUCAGAUGGCGGUAAUGCCAUUGAGAGCCCUUCAAACACCAUAACGACUAACAUAUCGAAAGGACAGCUUUUCGGCCCAUUUUCUAAUCCAUUGCAUUGGCUAUCACUCAAGUCAUGCGAUAAUAACAGAGAUAAUAACCCAACGAAUGAACUCUUCUGCCGAAUAGAGAUCGCCAGACAUUCAGACGAACAGAAUCUGAAAGUAAUUCACAAAAACGGAAACUUCUAUUUCAAAGCCACUCGUGAUAUGAGUUUAGAUGAAAGUGGAGAUAAUGGCGACCGAAACGUUCGGCCCAAACUCUACGCCUGGUUUAGCACCGAUUUGGAGACAAGACUACCGACCCCUUCAAUGAGUUGCAUAAACGGAAGCACCAGAUAUUUCUGUCCCCUCUGUAACCAAGUGUUUCUCUACUCUAAUUGUGUGGUCACUCAUAUACUCUGCAUUUGUCCCAAACGUAUUCAAAUUGACUCCAUUCCUGUCCCGUCAAACACAUCCAACCACUCGUCCCGCUCGUCGUCCACCCCACGCACCGGCGACACCACUUACACCCAACACAUCCCAUCCCUGGGCAACGGAUCCGCACAACCAGACGUCAAACCGCAGCCCAAACGGAAGCGAGGCUUCGAUAUCGCGUCUCUCGUCAGAGAGGAAUCCAAUGAAAGUUUUCCUCUCAAUAAACGGAAUAAGAGUUCCGAGGAUUCGGACAACAAAUGUGAUGAAAGUCUAACCAAUUCCAGUGCUUUUCAUCGGCCGAAGUCACCGCCUAUUGUCCGCAAAUCUAGUCCAAUGGCCACCACUUCCUCAUCCAUUGACAUGAUAUCGGCGCCGCUGAUGACGAGUGCGUUCAAGAAAGUCGACCACAAAAUGAGUUCCGUUAGCAAUCCGUACGACUUCUCAGCCUUAUAUCAAAGAGUGGCCACUUCUUCGAUGUUGCCGUCGAGCGGAGGGCCGGGCGCUCACCCACUGCUCCACCAAAUGGCGAUCCCGGCGCCCAUCACGUCGUCGCUGUCCACGUCGUUGUCGAGUACGAGCAGCAAAUCCCUGGUGUCCAACACUCUUCUGCCAUAUUUGCCGCCAUCGUUGGCAGCGCUCACAUUCCCGACCACCAACUGGUGCGCCAAAUGCAACGCCUCCUUCCGCAUGACAUCCGACUUGGUUUACCACAUGAGGUCUCACCACAAGAACGCCUUAACCGGCGACACCAUGAAGAAGAAGAGGGAGGAGAAGCUCAGGUGUAAUAUAUGUAACGAGACAUUCCGGGAACGACACCAUUUGACACGACAUAUGACUAGUCAUCAGUGA